GGCUCUCCGGUUACUGCCCGGCGCUCCGACCCGGCUCCGGUAAUCCAGGAGGGUUUAAUUAAUUAAUGGGGGUCGGAGAACGGAGCAGAGGGAUCCCAUCCACCCGCCUGGCGUUCAGCCACGGGGCCGGGGACACCGGGAAUGAGGAGGUGCAGAGCGGGGAGGUUUCCCAAAGAGGCGUGUGGGAUGCAGGGAAAUCCAGGGAAAUCGCCGCUAUUCUGUUUAUCCCGUUGGGAAACGAUGUUUCCAUGUCGGAGGAAACUUGUAGCGAGACAAUCCAAGUUACUGUGGCCACGGUGGGAAGGUGGAGGAGGGAGAGGAGGAGGAAGAGGAGGCAAAGGUGCCUCUGCUCUGAGCUGGAGCUUUGUGUAGCCUCCCCCUCUGCGCUGCUCCAUGAAUUAUUUAAGUGCUUUUCCUUUCCUGCAUGAAAUAUUCACCUGCUGCCAAGGGAACUGGGGGGGCUUGGGGGACUGAGCCCACAGAGCCGCUGCUGGGAACCAGGUGAAAGGGACAGGCAGGGAGAGGGGUCCUUGGGACAGGUAAAAACGAGAGUUGGGAUGGUGUCACUGCUGGGUUUGGCCCCUCUUCAUAAAGGAGCUCUGGAUGGUGCUCCCUUGGCAGCUCUGCCCUGGUGCCACCGGUGCCAGGUGACCACAGGGUGACAGGAUCCUGUCUUCCCCCCUCAGACAGGAGCUUUCACUGAUGCUUGUGAAAAGGUGGGAGAGGUUUUUUGGGGAAAUCAGGUCACAGCUGGGUGUUGGCUGAGGUGCAAGGCCAGCGAGGGGAGAGCCAAACCAGAGAUGGGCACGGCACACCGGUGUCCCCAGGGGACCCUCCUGUGGCCCAGGACACCCCAGCCCUCACACCACUGCUCAGGGCUGCAAGACUCCCCAGAAACCUCCAAAAUGGGUGGAAAUCCUCCAAGAAAGGGCUGUAGCUGUCCCCAAAGCCACGGUUGGGACCACAGCCCUGCCGCACUCUUCCGGAGCAGGGAGGAACUCGGUGACAGCAGCACUCGGCUGCUCCAGUUCGGAAGAAGAAGAAGCUGUUUUUUAGGGCGUUUUCAUGAAAAAGAAGAAGGGGGUGGGGGGCAGUCUAGCCCUGAGCCGGGCUGGAAACUUGAGCGACAGGAAGGAAGCGAAGUGGGUUAUUUCAGGCUGCAGUUGGCUGCUCGGGGCAAAGCUCGACUCUCGCACUGAUAGCAGCCCCUCGUGAACAAUGGGGUCGUGGGGCCCUUCCCAGCAGGAAAACGGCUCGUUCCGGUGAAAUCUGCUGCUGCUGCUGACUCAGCAGGUCCUGGCAGGCCGAGUGUGGUGAGGAGGUGCCGGGGGAACCGUCCUGGCACAGCGGGAGCCAGCAGGAGAGAUGGACACCUUCAGCACCAAGAACUUGGCCCUGCAGGCCCAGAAGAAGCUCCUGAGCAAAAUGGCCACCAAGACCAUCGCCAACGCCUUCAUCGACGACACCAGCAGCGAGAUCCUGGACGAGCUGUACCGGGCCACCAAGGAGUACACCCGCAACCGCAAGGAGGCCCAGAAGAUCAUCAAAAACCUCAUCAAGAUCGUGAUGAAGCUGGGGGUUCUCUACCGCAACGGGCAGUUCAGCCCCGAGGAGCUGCUGGUCAUGGAGCGCUUCCGCAAGAAGGUUCACACCUUGGCCAUGACGGCCGUCAGCUUCCACCAGAUAGACUUCACCUUCGACCGCAGGGUCAUGUCCAGCGUCCUCACCGAGUGCCGGGACCUGCUGCACCAGGCGGUCAACGGGCACCUGACGGCCAAGUCCCACUCGCGCAUCAACCACGUCUUCAACCACUUUGCGGACUACGAGUUCCUGUCGGCGCUGUACGGCCCGGCCGAGCCCUACCGCACCCACCUCAAGAGGAUCUGCGAAGGGGUCAACAAGAUGCUGGAGGAGGACAACAUCUGAGGGUGGCCCAGGUGGGCUCUUGGCAGCUGGACUCUGCCCCCCGUGAAGCCGAAGAUGCGACGUCUGCUUUGACCUUCACCGGGCUCGCCAUCCCCUCAUCUCUGCAGCGCUCACUCGUGUUCUCCUCGCUUCUCCAAGACACUGAACCUCCUGACUUUGUCUCCCCCUUGCCCAGGGUCUGCAAACCCCUCCCUGCGCUGGGCCCAGCCCUCUCCAGGGCAUCCUGGGGUGCAGGAUCCUGCUGGACACUUUGAUUUCCUUUGCCCACCAAGUGCCUUUUUUAGCUCAGAGUCCAAGGAUUUGGACUCUUUGCCUUGAACUCUGUUGUUGUAACCCUCUAGGGGGAAACUGAACCAAAGACUCGCGGUGUGAGGCACCUGUGAGGUGUCUCUGAGCAGGUGGGACGUUGUUGAGGUGAACAGUUUGAGUCUCCAUGACUGGAGGGCUGUGGAACUCCGUGCUUUUCUUCCAGCAGCUCCACAACGUGAUGGGAGCAAAUCCUGCUCCGGACUUGCGCUGCCUCAGGCAGGAAGAUGCUUCUGCACGGGCUUUGGUGUCCUCAAAGACAAGUCCCUGAGAGCAGGAGGAUCCUUCCUUGCCUGGGGGAGAGCUGGGGGAGCUGCUCCUCCCCUGGAGCACCCAACUCCCACCCCCGGUGCCACCUGGCAGCUCCCGCGCUGCCCUUGCUGGGCACCCAAAGCUCCCCUGGGAUUCCAUCCCUUUUCCAUGCCCUUGACUGAGUGAUGUUGGUUUUUAGCAAACUCUGUAGCCCUGAUGAGUUAUUUCAAUAAACUCACCUGUGUGGCCUGGGA